AUGGAUCCUACUAAGCAACUUGGAAUUGGCAAAGAGACAGUGAGGACAGAGCAGCUGGCGCGUCGAAAUUUUCAGAAAAAAUGGGCCAAACUAGGUGAUGAAAAAUUGAAUAAAUUCUAUAACCAAAAUGAAGUCAACCAGCAAAUGAAAGAUGUACUCAGAAAACAAGAACUAUGCCCCUUCAAAUAUACCGGUCAAGGUGAUUCAUAUUUCCUUUCACCCGACAUGUACAACUCAUUGGUAGCCAAAUGUCGUUGUGGUCGUCAGCGAAGUGAAACACAUAUUUUAAAAUGUUUGCAAAAGACAGAAAAUAUAUUUAAUAAAGCAGCAUCUUCAAAAGCUGUUGAGGUCAACAAUGCUUCUAUGCAAGAGCAGAAUGCUAAAAAUGAGGGAAAAUCCGUGAAAGUUGAUGGCAAAUACGCUGCUCAUGAUGUGUCACUACCAAAAACUACAAAUUCUUUGAUUGGUUGGCAAAAACGUCCUUCCAGCUACAGGGAAUGGGAGAACUCAAUGAAGCAUAUUUCACCAAUCGCCACUAUGACUGAACCACGUCUAACUCAAACAGCAUACCAUGUUUUACAUAUUGCCUAA